ACUACAAUGAAAAGGGUUCAUAUUUUCAACAGAUCGUCCGUUAUGGAAAACAUGGUCAUUACCACGCCCACUUUGACUCGGAGACAGACAAAAGAACUGACAAACGGUGCUGCCAACUUUAUGAAGAUGUGGUGCAAGCCUUUAAUAAAGAUGAAGGCUGUAGGCUCUGUAGAUAUGUAACAAUCCUGUUUUAUCUCAACGAUGUCGAGGAAGGAGGAGAAACUGCUUUCCCUAUGGCCGACAAUGUCACCCUUAGCAUGGAGUAUCUGACUUCAAGUCGUGGUGAUUUGGACUACUUCAAUCUUAGCCAUAACUGCCACCAAGGUCUGGCGAUCAGUCCACGAAAAGGAACAGCUAUCAUGUGGUACAAUCACUUACGAGACGAUGAGAGCGGCUGGAUGGGAGCAAGAGAUGAUUUUAGUUUGCACGGAGGUUGUGGCAUAAAAAGGGGAGAGAAAUGGAUCGCUAAUCUAUGGAUAACUGCACCUUACAAAGAUGGAGCUCACAUUCCUAGUUCCUGGCUCAGAAAGUUUGAUGUUAUAUAGAGUUGUAAACGUUAUCAGCAGAGAGACUGACUCCUUUUUUAAAUUAGAUUUUGAAGUGUUUAGCUCUAUGCCUUAAUUUAGUCUCCCUUUAUUUUCUUUCUCAGGUUAGAGAAAAAAGGGGUGAUUUUUUAAAUAUGGUUCACAGAACGUCUAAAGGACCGCUCAUGGUCAUGACUGUUUAAGUGAUUUUUUUUUAUUACCCUCGUUUAUUUGACAUUUUUCCAGGAGCACACGUUGGAUAUGAGAUGGUGAACGCUGAGUUGGCUGCCACCAAUCUCGUAUUCAACAAGUGCGAAUGGAAUAAUUGCUUUCUUGAAUUUCUUUAAAUCCUGAAAUAAUGGGUUUUUGGAGCUUCGCAACAGUUACAGCAGUUCCACAAAAGGCAACUCGGAAUAUGAGGUGAUAACCAGAGUUGAGUGAACCAAUCAAAACUUUCGAGAUGCGAUAUUCCGAGGUGAAAUUUAAUAAAUCAAGUAUACGUCACUUGCAAUGAAGAAACCUUUUGGUUUACAUACUUUGAUCUGGUUACUUAAAGGUAUCUUUGUUCGAUUUCCUCGGGUGCAAUACGACGGAAGCCAACGUCAAAAUCGAAAUACAAGUAAAUUGUAUAUUACUUAAGCUUGGUUUAUGUCGACGAUGCGGUUUACGGUGGACAGUGAAAGCGAUGAUACGUUUGUGGUAUACGUAGUGCGGUUUACAAUUUAUGAAGAUACAAGAUUACAGCUCUGACGAAUGCAUAAUAUGGCCUCAAAAACUGAAGAAAAGAAAGACAGUGAAUAAUGGAAAGGACACUGAAAAACAAAGAAAAACUAUUGAGUUCAUACCUCCUGGCGGCCUGAAAUUCGUUGGUACGACCGUUUAAGUUAAUUGAAUAGAUAAUUCGUAGUUACAAUCCCUGUUAUGGAAUAUUUCACCCCUACAGCUGGGUCACAGUUGCAUAAUACCGUAUACAGACAGGUAUAAAAAUAAUUACUCAUUACGUAAUUUUCUUUUUUAUUCUAAAAGUCUAUCCGGCGUAACUAAAGAAACGUUUCCCUUUCUCCAUUUCCAUUUGAUGGAAGUGAUGAGAAUCAACGGUUGGCUGGGCCAAUUUUCACUGAAUUUUAUCUUCCUAAAAAUGAGAGUAGUGUUCAUCUAUACUACAUUACGUAAGAAACAAAUAAGAAGUAAAAUUACAAUAAAACGUUAAAGUUCA